CAGGGGAUGCACUUGAUAAACAUUGCAGGGAGCGCUGCCGGCUGGAAUCAUUUUUGUUCUGUAAUAUUCUAGAAACUUUUCUUAGCGUGGGUAUAAAUACUGCCGGCACCACUUCUCUGCUGCACACUUUCAAAUUUCAAAGAGUUUUUUGUCAGAAAAGGAAAAACAACCGAGCAACUUCAAAAAUGUUCCGAGUGGUCAAAUCUGCUUUGCCGGUCGUGGCACGUGCUCAGUUUGUUCCGGCCCAGAGAACCUUCUGGGGCCUUCCAAGCAGGACCGUAAAUCGCAUGAUAAGAGACAUGGACCGUCAGAUGGACCAUUUUGACUCAUUCUUCAGGUACUCACCCCUGAUGCAAAUGCUCCCUCGUUCUAUGCCCUUGGAGGCGGCCGAGACCUCUGGCAACACGUACCGCAUCAACCUGGACGUCUCCAGCUUCAAACCCGAGGACAUCAAGGUGAGCCUCAAAGACCGCGUCCUCACCAUCGACGCCAAGAUGGAGAAAAAGUCUGAGGACGGCAGCCGCUUCUACCAGGAGAUGAGUCGUCUCUACACCCUUCCAGAAAGUGUGGAGGUCUCCAACCUCAAGUCCCUGCUCAGUAACGAGGGCGUGCUGUGCAUCGAAGCCCCCAUUUCUGGAGAGGUCGAGAAGCCCAAGGAAAUUCCCAUCAGCCGCACUGAGGAAAUUGCAGCCAAGUAAAAUUUAAAUGCGAUCUGAAAUUCAAUUAGUUCUCAAGGGUUUUCUAUCCUAAAUAUCCAUUAAUUUUUGCAUUAUAUAUGUCAUACAUACUCGCAAUCAAGACUUAAGAGAAUAAGAGGCUGCAUUCGUAAAAUUUUGUUUUUUGUGAACUUCAUUUUAAAUAAUUGUGCCAGAAAUUGUUCAUGAAUUGUAUUUUUUCUCCAAAUCGAUUUGAAUAAAAUUGCAUAUUAGUAGUUUA